AUGGACCUCAAAGUGAAGCAUCGAAAAACGACGUCUGAUUGGCUGACACUGACGACGACACCCGACGUAGCUGUAAAAGUCAUCGAUACCAAUAAAAUUAAUCAAGAAUACGUUAUAAAAAAUCUGACCAGAGAGGCCAAAUUGCUUUCGAUGUUGCAUCAUCAAAAUAUCGUCAAAUUAUAUGAGACCAUUCAGUGUGGAGGAGUAUAUUACCUCGUCAUAGAACUUGCAACGGGUGGUGAUUUGUGCACUCACGUGAGAAAUCAGCCAUCUGGUCGACUAGACGAAGCGACCGCACGGAUCUAUGCUCGUCAAUUGGCUGCAGCAUUACAGCACAUGCAUUCCAGAGACAUUGUGCAUAGAGACUUGAAAAUGGAAAACGUCAUGUUAUUCGAUAAAAGAAAGGAGCUAAUCAAAAUUGUAGAUUUUGGAUUAAGUAAUAUUUAUAAUGAUGAAAACCCUAUGAAAACUCAAUGUGGAUCUCCUGAAUACGCAGCUCCAGAGCUGUUCGUCAAAAACUACAAGUAUGGUCCAGAAGUCGACUUAUGGAGCUUAGGAGUUAUCCUGUAUGUGGUAUGUUCAGGCAGAUUACCAUUUUUAUGUCCGAAAGAUAGACAAGUAACGCUGGAAGAACGGCGCAGACGGCUCUUGGCACAAAUCAAUCAUGGCCUCGGUCCGCAUCAAGAACGGGCGAUCAUUGCUUUAUCUUCCGAAUAUAAACAUUUAGUGAGCAGACUUCUCACGCCUGCGACUAACAAACGCAUGGGCUUGACGGAGUUGUGCCAACAUCCUUGGAUAGCCGGAUGUAAAUUUUUUAAAAAUGACUCUAGCCAGAAAAAAUUUAAUCAGUUAAACAAAGAUCAUCAUACGGUUAUAGAAGAAAUCAUGGGUAUCGCUAAUUUGAAUCGUGAUGCAAUCGAAUUUAAUAUUGCGAAUAAACGGUACGGAAAAGUUGGUGGUAUGUACAAUAUUUUAAUUCACAAAAUUGAGAGUGAUUGUAGAUUAAAAGAACAGCAAAGUUUACUUAAUACGUGUUUAAAGCGAGCCUAUAAUCAAACGAACUCGAAUGUUAUUAGAAAUAAAUUCGUUCAAUCAAAAUUGAACAAUAUAGUGACGGAAAAAUUUACAAGAAAAGCUGAAAUUAGCAAUGACCCCGAAGUUAAAACUGAUAAUACGACUAAAAAUGAAGUUAAUAAAGCAUUCAAUAAAACGAUUCCACUAAAAACACAACCAUGCGCUAAUACAACCAGGGUGUUUAUAAGAAGAAAGAAUAAAAUCACCAACUUCCAACCUACUGAGAACAAACCAAUGACCCAACCGUGUCCAAAAAAAAGUUUAAUUUGUGCACCUUACAUGUCAAAUAAAUCUUUUCGAUCUCAGAAACAGCCACAUCUGGCAAAUAACAGUAGAGAAAAACCUACAAUAACUGAAGAGAGAACAAAUGUAUAUAAAAUUUUUGACUAUUAUUUUAUGACAGAAAAUAACUGUCGGUUAAUCUGGUACAUGUUAUACAUGACAUCUAAGGGAACUGCGAUUAGCUAUCUACUGACAUCAUCAAUUUUAGAAAUCUCUCGAUAUUGAGUUCACUUAUUUAACACCUUAUGAUUUACAGAAAGGCUCUCUACGAAAAUCACGACUGACCAAUAGCGCCAGCAGCCCUAUAAAGACUUCAUUUUGGCAAUCGCAAGCUAUGGACUGCUGUCGUAAUGAUGUUCAAUCAACGAUUACAUAUAGACUUAUUGGAGACAAAUAUAAUAUGGAUCCCGCGAAGAGG